CUAUGAGCGCUGCGCAUGCGCACCCGAGCCGGGGGUGUGGGAAGUGGAGAGCUGUGGUCCAGAGAGCGGGAAAGCGCGGGGGCAAUGGAGGUGGCCGGGGCCGGGGGCGGCCAGGUGCAGCCGCCGGCGGAAGAUGCGCUGCAGGGGCAGGGCGUAGCGGAGCUCGCGCAGCGCAAGCCGCUGCUGUGCGCCGAGUUCUCCUGCAUCACGGCCGCGGGGCCGAAGGUGGCCGAGCGCUGCCUGGAGGAGCACGGCUGGGACUUGCAAAGGGCGCUGGACUCCUUCUUUGAGCCACCAGUGCAUGAGCGGGACGAGAGUGGGACACCUGGCAACGGCACCUGCAUUGACCUGACAGCAGUUGUGACUACUGACAGUGCUGGAGUCAGCACAGCAGACUGCCUACAACAAGAAGAUGACAGCAGCUUCUCUUUAAUUACAUGGAACAUUGAUGGUCUACAUCUAGAAAAUCUCCAAGACAGAGCGAGAGGAGUCUGUUCUUAUUUAGCAUUGUACAGUCCAGAUGUGGUGUUUCUACAAGAGGUUAUUCCACCAUACCUCUCCUAUCUACAGAAGAGAGCUGCUUCUUACACAGUUAUUCCAGGUAAUGUAGAUGGUUAUUUCACUGCCAUUCUGCUGAAAAACUCAAGAGUAAAAUUAGUAAAACAAGAAAUAAUGCCCUUUCCAACAACUUCCAUGAUGAGAAACCUAUUAGUUGUGCAUGCGACUGUAUCUGGUAAUGACCUCUGUCUUAUGACUUCCCAUCUUGAGAGCACGAAAGACCAUUCGGAAGAACGCGUAAACCAACUGAAGCUAGUAUUAAAGACGAUGCAGGAGGCACCGGAGUCGAGCACUGUUAUAUUUGGAGGGGAUACAAACCUAAGAGACCGUGAGGUUACUAAGAUAGGUGGCUUACCUAACAACGUUCUUGACAUCUGGGAGUUUCUGGGCAAACCUGCACACUGCCGCUAUACGUGGGACUCGGGCUCCAAUACCAACCUGAAUGUCUCAUUCAAGUGUAAAUUGCGGUUUGAUCGCAUAUUCUUUCGUGCUGCAGCAGCAGCAGGAGGGCAGCUUAUUCCACGAAGCUUGGACCUACUUGGAUUAGAAAAAUUAGACUGUGGCAAAUUUCCUAGUGAUCACUGGGGUCUUCUCUGCAAUUUUGAUGUGAUACUAUAAAUAUACUUUUGUACACUGAAGGGUAUUAAUAUAUAUUUUUUUAAAUCUUAAGUCUCCGCAAAAAAUAUUCAGAUUUUAGCUUAAGUAGGUUUUGUUUAGUUUAUGAAUUUUAAGGAGUAGUACACACUCUGAAAGUCUGCUAAAUUAUCUUAGACCCAAAACCUCCUUUGUUUCUCUUUGUCACUUUAUUUGUUUACAAAUAGUUAAUUGUAAUGAGAGUAUGGAGUAUUACAUGGAAGGCCUGUUUUAAAAAGAAACAAUAUAUUAUCUCAAAAGGGCAUACAAGCAUUAGAGCAGUGCCUCAUUUAAAAUGUCUCAUGUUUUAGUCACCUUGUUGUGAUGUUCUUUUAAUAAAUAUUGAUUUAAAGUGUU